AUGGAGCCAGAAAAUGAUAGGGAUCCCUAUCCAUGGAUUAUCUGGUACAUAUGGAAGGCUCGCAAUGAUAAGUUAUUCAGGGGAAUAGACAGGGAUCCAGGUGAUCUAGUCAGGCAUGCAGAGAGCGAAUGCCAAGCUUGGCAUAAUGCUAGAGAGAAUAUGAAUACUGUCCAAGUUAUUCAAGAGCCCCAAGUCUUAAGCUUGGGUGAUAUAUGCAUGAUAGAUGGUUCAUGGACCUCUAUGGAUCAGUUUAGUGGACUUGGAUGGGUUUGGAAAAAUAGCAGGGGGAAUAUCCAGCUAAUGGGGACGAGGAACUUGAGGAGGAGAGAGUCUGCUCUACACUCGGAAUUGGAAGCUUUGAAAUGGGCAAUGGAAACAAUGUUACAACACUCAGAUUGUCAGAGAUUUAGUACAGACUGUAAAGACCUGAUUACAAUGCUGACGGAACCACAAGUAUGGCCUAACUUCUCAACUGAAUUGGUGAUGAUUCAAACGAUCAAGUUGUGCUACUCGGACUUCAAGAUCUGCUGUACCAAGAACAGAAAAUAUGAUAGUUGA